AUGGCUUGGCUAAUAAUCAUUCUACUCUGCCUUGGAAAUUCCAGGGCUCAAUUGUUGGAUGUCACCAAUACCAGUUACCUAGACUUUGAGGACCGAUUGUUUGGUCUUCUCGUAAGAUUGCAACUGGAGAAGUUCUACGACACGCUUUUAGUUUAUGGAAAAGAUUGUGCCAUUCCUUCUCUAUUUGAAAGAUUGCAAGUCCCUGCAGUGCUGGUGUCCUCGGGUAGCACCAACUUCGAUUGGAAUUUCAGCAGCUUAACACUGAUACUGAGUUGUAGUUUCCAAGCCGAGAGAGAAGAAAACUAUCGAACACUGAUGAAGCUGCAAAUUAACAGGCGUCUUAUCCUUCUAAAAGGAGAUAUAAGACCCGAGUCUGUGUGCGAUUUCUAUUCUCGAAAGGAGCAACAUAAUAUAGCCAUGGUGAAGGAAAACUUUUAUCAGUUCGGAGUGGUAUACUCCUGUCGCCUAUUUCAACAUCAAAACUACGAAAAACUGAAUCUUAUCGACGGCAAGUCGAUUUACAUAGACCAAUUUCGAAACAUGCAUGGAUCCGUAAUAAGAACACUAACCGACAAGAAGACACCCCGAACUAUACCUUAUCGUGAUGAUGAAACCGGUGAGCAGAAGUAUAAGGGCUAUGUGGCCAUGUUGAUAAACCACUUUGUUGAGAAGGUUAACGCCACUAUAGAAAUGCAGGAGGAUUUGAUCCAGGAGGGAAACCUAUCAUUCGUGGACAUUACGGAUUUGAUCUCAAAGGACCUUCUGGACAUUGGUAUUUGCGAGGCUAGGACGCUUAAAAUGUCGAACUACGACUCGAUCUCGUAUCCGUACCUAAUGAGUUCGUAUUGCUUCAUGGUUCCCAUGCCGGAUGAGAUGGCAUUUGGUGACGUCUACCUGGCGAUAAUGGCACCCACUGUUCUGAUAAUGCUCUUUGUAAUAUUCUGCAUUUGCUCCGUGCUAAUUAUCUACAUGAAGGAAAGGUCCUGGCGUAGUCUGAGCUUCUCUAGUGUCCUAAUGAAUGAUAUCUGCUUGAGGGGAUUUCUGGCUCAGCCUUUUCCCUUUCCCCGCCAAUCCAACAGAAAACUGAAACUGAUUUUCAUGCUAGUCUGCUUUUCCAGCUUAAUCUCCACCACAAUGUAUGUGGCUUAUCUGCAGUCCUUCAUGUGGGGUCUGCCCAUCGAACCAUACUUAACGUCAUUUGACGAUUGGAAAAAGUCCAGGUACAAGAUGGCCAUUAACAUCUACGAACGAGAGAUUCUGGAGUCCCUAAACGUUAGCCUGGAGGGAGUGGAGAUCUUUCAACACGAUGAUUUCGCUCGGCUGCGGAAAUCCUUUAAUACCGAAUAUUUAUUUCCAGUGACGGCUUUGCAGUGGUUCACGUUCAGCGAGCAACAGAAAUUCUUCAGUACCAAAAUGUUCACAUAUACAGAGGAUUUCUGUCUUAAUCAUUUCGACAUAUUAAGUAUUCCUAUAAGACGUCAUUUGCCCUAUCGCGACAUCUUCGAGGAGCACAUGCUGCGCCAGAAGGAGUUCGGGUUUACUAAGAACUGGAUUGAUGAGAGCUUCAACGAUAUGGUAAAGGCAAAUCUCACGUCGGUUGAAGAUUUAAGUCCCCCUCCCAAGGAUGAUACCAUAGAAGUGCAUAAUCUCUACUGGGCUUUUACUAUGUAUUUCGUUGGGAUGGGUAUGGGUCUAUGCUGUUUUAUCUUUGAGCUGCUAGGACCCAAGAGGUACUGGAGAAACUAAUGAAU